AUAUUUAGAGGAAGAUCUAAUAAUCUAUCGUGAUAACCCACAAAUUUUGAAUUACAAUGUAAAAGGAAAACCUAAGGUUGUAAUUUACUGGUUAGCCCAAUUAAAAGACCCUAACAAGGAACCUACAUUAUCCGAUGAGCACACUGAAAUUAAGUGGUUGUCGAAAGAUGCAGCAAAAGAUCUUGUUGGUCAUAAGGAUAAUCAGGACAUGAUUGAAGAGUUCCACAAACUUAUACUUAGCGUCUAAGGGCAACAACAAAAAGGAUACAUGAAGAAAAAAGAAUACAAGAUUGCGCAUUCCUGGCGGCGAGUAUUGAUGCGAAUUUAACCAUAUUUUAAAUAUCUUUUACUCGACGUAUAUAUUAACAAAAUCCUAAAUAAACACCAUUCAAAAAUAUA